AUGCUCACGCGGGAUAGGCACACGAUGGGCGAGCCCGGGGCGGUGGGGACGCUUUAUGACGAGGCGUACAAGAGGCUCAAUGCGGAGGUGGCCAGGAUAUGCCUCGCGCUGCACAGAGCGCGGCCCUUCGCGCACCUCGCUGCGACGGAUGGAGGGAGAGACAUGCCAAACAAGUGGGUGGGGGAUAGGUUCGUGCCUCGACCAGUUGUGUCGUAUGGGGUGUACGAAGGGCCGGCCCGAUUCGGGAGACCCGUCGAGGGAUCUGGGCAGCUCGAAGGCGGGGACGAUGAGCUGCGGCUCGCGUUUGGGCAGGGGCUGUGGGGCGGCAGACUGCCAGACGACUGGCAGGUGAUAGACGCGGAAAUGUACGCGGUGCUGGCUUACCUGCGCAAGAUGGCGACGGCGGAAGAUGCGGCGGACAGGAGGUGCCUCGUCUUGAGCGACUGCAAGCCCGCACUACAGCAGAUCGAGGCGGCGUACCGAAAAGGCUCUCUCGAGGGGCUCCGGGAGUGGGAGGGAUAUGCAGAUCUUGAAUCCGUCACGUUCCUGUGGGUACCGAGCCACGCGGGGUGCGCUAGCAACGCCUACGCCGACGCCGCGGCGACGGCAUACAUGGGGGCCAGCGAGAUUGAGGAUGCCACCGCCGUCAUCCGUGAAGCAGGACUCACGGCGGGAUCGCACACGGCAGGGGUGACGGGGCCGCUGUGGAGCGAUGUGGUCAGGGGAACGACGAGACACAAAUGGGACAAGCGCCAGCGGAUCAAGGAUCAACACGGCGAGCGCGAGAUUGAAUUCGCCGAUGUGGAUGAUCAUAACGUGGUGACAAAGACCGUCAUGGGAGCGCGGGUGCGGCAGCAGGCGGGGGUGCCACACGGAGCGCACCACGAGAGGAUCAUGCGGGGAGAGGCGGGGAAAGAGACCCCGGGCGCCGCCACGAGGAGCGAACUCAGGGGCUGCCUCGUCUGUAAGGCCGCGAGGGACGCGGCGAGGAGGGCGGCACUAAAGCGAGACCCGCUGUGUCCAGUCGCGCGGAAUGCCGCGCAGCAAUGGACCGAGGAAGAUGAGAACCCGCCUAGGGCGACAAUGGCGCACUUGCUUAGCGGCGCCUGCCUGGGGAAUAGGGAGCAGGCCAGAUGGUUCCUCAGAGUAGCGCGAGCGCAGACGGGGACGGCGAUCAGCAAAGGCUCUCUUGCCCGCAACCCGAUAUCGAUCAUCCGGCCCGCUGGGUGCGCUUCUUAG